UAGAGAGAUGCAUAGAGAGAGAGAUGGUAGCAAUAACUAUGAUCUCGAUUAUAACCCACAACAUCACAUUCAAGACAUAGACCCAAAACCCCACAUGGCUCCUUAUUUCCCAAUAAUACUAUCCUAUCAUCCACAUCUCUCUCUCUCUCUCUCUCUCUCUCUCUCUCUCUCUCUCUCUCUCUCUUUAAAUAGACCUUUCUCUCUUUGUUACCUUGUUCUUUCUCCUCCUCAAUCUCUCUCUUUAAAGAUGAAGACAUCAUCAUCAAGCUUUGUCUUCCUUUUGGUUGUAAUCAUCCUAAGCUCCUCAGUGCUAGCUUCUUCUGAAAUUAAGCUGGGUUUGGAGGAUUACAAUUUCCCGGUGGAUCCAUCUCCAACCACAAAAGCUUCGAUCAAACCAGGUCCUAUUGAACACGGAAGCCCUCUCAAUCCUUACAUUCCAAAACCUCCUUCUUCUUCUCCUCCUCCACAAGCUCAAGGCGGUGGAUAAAAAAGACCAAAUCUUUCUUUAGUUUACAUUUUAGUAUGCACUUGUUUGUAGCUAGAAUUUCCCACGUUUUUUUUCCUUCUUAAUCUUGUUUCUUUAAUUUCUCUGUUCCGGUAACUCUUUGUACUGCUACUAACAUUGUCGCUUUCUACUCGUUAUGUUUAAUUAUUUGCCUUUAUCUCCA